AUGUGGUCGAGCGAAGUUUGCAGUCGCGUCUGGAGCGCGCCACUGUAUGGGGGGCGACCGGCGCGACUCGGCUCACGCAAUCUACUGAGAACGGAGAUACGGCGAGUCCACGCGCGACGCCCCGCGCGCGGCCUGCAGCACCAGCGCUGCCGAUUGUACCUGUUUUUACGAGUGGCAUUUGCAUUUCGCUCCCGCAACGGCGGCGUGAGGUGGUGCGAGCGAGAUGGGGCGCUAUUUGUGAAACGCGUAUUGCGCGGUCGACAUAGAGCUGAGUAUAUCUAUCUCUGUUUGGCGCAGUGUGGCGCGUGCAUCGCGAGACGCACUAUCGAAAGCCUUAGCAUACAGGAGGCAAAUAAAAACAAGAGUGAAGUGUCUCAUUCGCAUUCGUGCGACAGAUGCGUUGAUAUUGGCACGGCGAGCGCCCGCGCAGGGCACGCGCCUCGCUCAUAA